AUGUCUGGACCAGGAGUUAUCCGCCUCAAGCGAAAGCGUGACCAGCAACCUCCGGAUACACUUAUCGUGGAACCUCAGCGGAAACGUGUACAGGGCGUGGACGGGGAGUUUCGUGCACAUUAUGUACGCCGUCCGGAGCCUGCCUCGGAUGGCCAAUCGACUUCAGCAGGAACGGUUUUCACAAAUCAAGCUACAUCUACAAGUGGAGGACCGAUUCAGAAUGAAUUGCCGAAGAGAAGAUUAUUCAAAAUCCGCCCCUUGAUAAGUUCAGAUCGUGGUUCACGAGCAGGAAGAACCGGCGGAAAUGCAGUGGCCACCAUUGUCGAAACCAGAACACCUCAGAAGCAAAGGCCAGCAGGGCCACUAAUGCCUGCCAAUGAAACUCUCUCACCCGCGCCUUCUCCUUUGAAGAGACCCGGACGAGGUGCCAUCACGCCACGACCUCAGCCGGAAAACAACGGCAAUUCUACAAGCACUGUUAAAGACGAAUCUCAGCUACAAGCCAUCGCGGACGCUCUCUCGCAAUUUGCCGACGACGAACUCGAGAAGAGCGCCAAGCCGAAACUACUUGCAACUCCCAAGCUGUCCGGCCUCCGAAGUCGCGAAAUUCACGCGCAAAGAUCCGCCAGUGCAAACAUAUUCCCCAGUCAAGGGGAUGCUGGUGACAUAGACAUGGUUGAUGAUGACCACGACUACGUCUACGACACAUACAUUCUCUCCUCUAAGCCGGACGCCGAGUCGACGCCAUUCUCUGAAAGCCUCGAAGGCCGGCCCGCGAAUGUCGGCUACAUCGUCAUCACGGACGAAGAUCAAGCCGUAUGGGAUACCUUCCUAGCGGACGAGCAUGACAGCGACAAAGAGGUCAACGAAGACGACGAAGACGAGAAUGCGGAGGAUUGGUACGGGGCGGACUAUCCAGAGGAUGAAGUUGCGUCGGAUGAUGAAUUCGGCAGGAAUGCGUAUGGGUAUCGAAGAGGAAAUGAUUCGGACGACGAACAGUGGGACAAGAGGGAUGGCUCGUGGAGUGAUAGUGAGGUCGAAGGUGUUGAUGAAAAUGGGAUGAAGCUCGAUCCAUUAAACAUGACGACAGAGCAAUUUAUCAAAAGCAUGAGGGAGGAUGGAAAGAAUUGA